AAAAGUGACGUCUUACGCGCAUGCGCUUGAAUGAUGGGCGGAGUCAACGAUUCGGUCAGGAAGAGGAGGAAAGGCGGACGCAGAAACAUCAAGCGAUGGCUGCUAUCAGGAAAAAGUUGGUCAUAGUUGGAGAUGGAGCAUGUGGAAAGACCUGUCUGCUCAUUGUCUUCAGUAAGGACCAGUUCCCAGAGGUCUAUGUCCCCACAGUGUUUGAAAACUAUGUGGCUGACAUUGAAGUGGAUGGCAAACAGGUAGAACUAGCACUUUGGGAUACAGCGGGGCAAGAAGAUUACGACCGACUGAGGCCUCUCUCCUACCCUGACACAGAUGUUAUUCUCAUGUGUUUCUCCGUCGACAGUCCGGACAGUUUAGAGAACAUUCCAGAAAAGUGGACACCAGAAGUGAAGCAUUUCUGCCCGAAUGUUCCCAUCAUCCUUGUGGGUAAUAAAAAAGAUCUGCGCAAUGACGAGCACACCAGACGGGAGCUUGCAAAAAUGAAACAGGAGCCAGUUAGAUGUGACGAUGGCAAGGAAAUGGCAAACCGCAUCAGUGCCUGUGGCUACCAGGAGUGCUCUGCCAAAACCAAAGAUGGUGUGCGAGAAGUCUUUGAGAUGGCAACUCGAGCCGCGUUGCAGGCCAAGAAACGUCGCAAUAAGCACAUCUGCCUUCUGCUAUAGGCAGUGGCACAACGGAAAGUCACCCUUUAAGUGCGGAUGCAGAGCUUGCAUUGAGAAUUUGAUGUUGGGGAGGGCCCCAAAAAAAAAAAAAAACUUGUUCGGACACAAUUUCUGAUCGCACAUCAGCAAGCUUAGGCAGAUUAAAUGUAAAUUGAUAGACCUUGAAGCUUUGGUCCCUGGCCUGUAUAUACCGUAUAACUUGGCUCUAAUGAGAACCUUUGAGAGGUCAGAUGACCGAUGGGGAGGGAGGGAGGAAGGGUUUAAGUACAUUAAUCGAGGGUUUAAAAUGUGCCAUGAUAGGUGACCUUAAUCGAGACGUUUGUCAGGUCAAAUAAGUGAUAUACAAAAGGUUUUGAGUAAAGACCGUGCCCAAGUGUUUUUAAUGAUAGUGUCACCUCCACAUAGUGCCUUGAGAGCAGCAGUAGGCCCGCAUAAGCUUAGAGGAAAACGUUUACUACUUGGAUGAGGUGUCAUUUCUCAUUUGUAGUGUAGUGUUUUAUCUCUGUUGUUGUUUGCCUAUGUUCUGACUCGGGCGCUAUGCAGGGGAUGCCUAUACCAGAUGUAUGAGAGAGACCCCCCCUCCACCUAUUCCCCUAAAAACAUAACUAUACAGUAGUGUAUUGAGUGUGUGGCAAAUAUGGUGCUUCAUUUUCUCCAGUGCAGGUCUGCAUGCAGUGAAUGUGUGUACAUUGUUCUGUUGUCUAUGACAUACUAGUGCAUGGAAAGGUAUUCUGUGACACUGACCGAAACCCCUUAUUUCCAUGCCAAAGUUACUCCUGAAAGCCAUAUUUUGUGGCUGCAGCCAGUAAAGGAAUUAACAGCCUCUCAAGAGGGAUAUUCAAACCUCUAUGUGAUGAACGACCAUAUGUAAGUAGAGGUGCAAUCAGGUUAAGGAGCUUGUGAAUUUUAGGACCUUUGUGUGUGCGCACACUUAAGAUUUGAUUGUUUUAAUCAGUGGUUAAAAUCAUGAGUGGUGUGGUUGAUAAAUCGAAUAUUAUUUCUAAUGCAUCAGUUUAUUACAAAAAAUGUCAAGAUGUACUGUAUGUCUCGCAAGGCCUUGUAAGGACAUUUUAAAGAUGCGUUUACUUUUGACUAUCAGAAUUCCGUGAUUGUCACUCUUCUUUUUAGAUGUUUUAAUAUUAACUCUUAUUUUCUUUGUUUCAUUUCUCAAUUAAUCGUGCUAUUAUACGUUUAGCUCAUACCCGAGAAGCAUAGUGUCAUUUAAUUCAUUGAAGGGGUCAAGCUUGGGGUGCGAGGUUUUGGAAGGGUGGGUUAUCAGAUAUUUGUCAUUUGUUUUUGAAUUGUGACUGCUUGGAAUAUUUUGUUUCUUCAAAUAAAGCUGGUAUUGGGCUUU